AAUUGCUCGGCUGUGUUUACAUUCCCUAAUCACUUGUUUCGCGCGCUUUUCACUAAUCGUUUAUUAACCAAUCAGAAGCAAGUCAAAAGCGUUCAAACGCAUUGCAUGCUGGGGAAGUCAAUCAGAAUCUCUCGGGACUAAACUUGCUGAGAGGAAUCAGUGAUUGGAGAUCCUGUGUGAAUUUAUGCCUCUAUCUCAUGUAGACUGAUCUUUGUAGUCAAAGAGAAGAUUCAACGCUUGAAGACGUUCGAUGUACGUACGAUCUAUAUAGGGUUUUAUCAUUCUUCAUAGGAAUCUUAACGUCGGCCCGCCGUGCCGCCAUCACAACUUCUGCAUCACAGUGAUGGCCUUUGCCAUGUCGAAUGAAAAGUUUGGUAACUCAGGCGAGGCAAGUGGAACAUGAUUUUCAGUUUCAUAAUUUUCCAUGUGUUUAUUCAGUGCAGUUUCUUUUGGAAAUGAUGCCUCCGCAGGUCAUCUUAAAAUGUUUACAGCAUAAAUUUUAAUGUAUUAAGGAAGGUCUUUGAUCCUAAGUUUGAGUUUACUUUCAGUUCUGAUUCUAAAUAUCAGUGGUUUUACAGCACGACUGCAAAGUGAGUCUUAUACAAGUUGCUGUAAGCACUUGUAUUAUUUAAAACUAAAGUAAACACCGAACGUUCAGAAAGAUUUGUCACCUUGGUGCCAAGUAAUUGGAGAUGUGUGAUACAAAUUAGAUGGAGGUGUUUUUCUCAGUCUUUAUUGCUUCAUGAAGUCUAUUCAGGACAAAACAUUAAAAUAUCUUCUGAUGUCUUGAAUUUUAAAGGAAAUGAUGGAGAAGGCAAGUGAUCAUUUCAUGAACUGCUCCUUGUGCAAGACUUCUACUGAGGACAGCUUAGGUAUGAGUGAAAUCAGAAUUUGUCAUUACACUCCUUUCAUGUCUGUGGAAAUGUAGCUUUACUGAAGGGUUAAUGAAAAGAGACUUCCAGAUAAGGGAAAUACAAUUUUGAGUUGAAAGGGAAAGCAGUGCUCAACUUGAUUGUUGUCUUAAGCUUAAAAAAGUCUGUGAUUUGGCUGUCUAGUUGUGAGGUCAAGGUUUAAGAUUGCAGGAAAAUAAUUCACUUCACGUUAACAACUACUAUAUAACAGUGGUUAACAGAGGUGAGAAAAUGGGAGAGAAAGAUCUCAAAACAAGUGUGAUUGUACAGCAGGAUUCCAUAAUAUUAAUUUGUUUCAUUUUCAUAUCUUGACAAACUGUGGUAUCCACAACUUCCAACAAUUUUCCUGAUAUCCAAAUCUUCAGAAAUCCAGUGUCUGAGUCUGUUCAGUUAAAACUUAAGUGUUCUUUUCAGGCUUGAGACAUAUUUGUUAUGCUAAUGUUGUCUAAUGCUUCAAUCAUACAACUUUGUUAUUUCUAUUCAAUUUGAUAGAGAAUCCACUUCAUGUAUGGUUAUCUAUGGAUACAAACACAAAAAAGAAGCACUUGAAGCAUUUGAGGAACAGUAUUUUGGCUCCUAUCCUAUUUGGAAAACGAAUGUAUUAUUCUUCAAAGGUAAAGAAUAGUUAGAGGUAUAUGGCACAAAAUUCAAAUCAAGUAUCAGAUACUGUUUUCCUUUUUUUGUUGGAGUAUAUUUUUGCUUACAGCCAUUUAAUAGUCUAUUUUCCUUUUUUUAUUCAUCAGAACAUAAAAUUGUUGCAGUACUUGAGAAUAAUACCAAAAACAAGCUUUGAAAGGUAAACUAAAAGUUUUUCCCUUUCCAGAAACACUGUCACAUACAACCCAACCCCCGCCUCCUCCCUAGAUUUAUCUUGGGAGAGGGCUUAUGCUUGAAAUAUUAGCUCUUCAAAAAUUGUUGCAGUGGUUUUUCUAUCUGUAUCAACUUAUGGCUCAUAACAAACCAUUAUUUCAAUUGUGUGUCAAUGCAGCACUAGAUCUUUUCUAGAAUUUCAUAAUCUCCUAAUAUUUUGGAUACACUGGUUAACUCAAGACCUGAAGCUAAUUCCUUUAACUUUUAUCAUACAUUUGUUUUUGGUUAAUCCUGAGAAUUUUGUGGAACAUCCAAACAAUGUUUCAAACAAAUAAUAUUGAUUGACGUCUUUUCUUCUCUUGUCUUCUCAACAUUGUAUUUCUGCAGAAUUUCUCCUCUGGGAACAAUAUUGUCCAACAGAAAAAUUGACACUGUGGAAUUAACUGAGGAAAUUGUAGACACCAUUCUCUCCUGCUUGGUAAGGAAAUUUUUGCUUUCUGAAAGAAUCUUUUUUUCAUAUCAGUGAUACUAUCACUGUGUCUUACUUCACCUUUUUAAUAACAUUGUGAGGUCUGGAGACAAACUUUCAUUUUCCUUCUAUGCUGCUACCAGUCAUUUUGAAAACAGUAAUCUAAAAGCAGAAACAAAGAAAUUGGUGUUGAAAUAAUCCUGCAGUCAUUACUGAACAACCUCUGAAACAGGCCUCGUGUUUCUUUCAAUGACAGGUCUGUAGUAUAAGUGAAGUCAGGUGAAACUCAAUUUCAAAGGUUUACCUCUCUGUACUGUUGCUCUGGUUUUAAUGAAAAGAAAAUUAAGCAAGCUUUCCAUUAAUUUAAGAUAUAAUUCUUGGAUUUUUAUUUUAGUCUCUACAUUGUAAUUAUGCCAAUGUUUAGCUUUGAAUUGUCACCCUCUGAGCAAUAAUUAAUACCAUGUAUAAAACUCAUUUUGGUCCAAUGCCACUAUUGCAUUUCUCUGUUUAUAUACAUUUUUAGGAUUCAGAUGAGUUUUUACACAGCGGUUACCAUACUUACCAAGAACUGAAAGGUGUAAGUGGACAGCAUUGUGCAGUAAUUUUUUGGGCUUUUUUUUUAGAAAGUUUAACAAAAAACUAUUGAAAAUUUUGAACCAAAAAGUUUAGUCAGAACAAUUUGUUAAUGGAAUUAAUUAUUUAUUGCUUUCUGUCCACAUUUGUAUUUAUUAUUUUCUAAUUUAUUUAGUUAUUUUUAUUGUUAUAAAGUGUUCUGUUGUGGAAGAUGCCCUUUCUGUUGGAAAGAAAAGUGAAUUUGUCACACUUGUGAGGUAAGUCAAUCCACAUUGAACUCUUUGAGGAACUAUUUUUUUGCAUUGUUAGCUGUAUUUCACACACACUGUUUAGAAGACAUGAAAAUGUUCCUAAACUUUAUUUUUAGAUUUAUGUUUUUUGGUCUAUAGUUGUAGCUAUGAUGGUGAUCAUCGUUUACAUAAACAAGGAAUUAUGCUUCUCUCACUCACAGUUCUUCAUCAAGGUAAGCUACAUACACUGUAGUAUAAAUGUUUCAAAUUUGAAAGUGAAAGUACUUUGCUCAAGUUACUCAGAGUUAUCAAGUUUUCAGCCUUUGUAGAAUCAAGUCAUGUGAGAAAGAAAGGAUUUUGAUUAAGAAAUUGAGUGGCAAGGGAAUGGUGUGAAAAAAUGUCAGGCCAUUAAAAUUUAGCCAUAGAAUUCUCAGAUGCCUAAUGAGCACCCUGAAGUGGCUGAAGAGAGGUGUGGGCAUUAUUUUUGUUAAAUUCAACCAUUAAUUCAAAGUGCAUUUUAAAUUUGCUUUGUGACCAAAUGCACUGUGGUUGGAGAGACUUUUUGAGAGUCACAUUCUGGAGUGACCUAAAGGUAACUAACAGUUAGGACUGUGUGCCUGUUUCAACAUAAACAGCAUCUGGAUGAGAAAAUCCAUUGAGAAAAAACUGCUUUAUAGUUGUUCAAGUUAGUAAAGGCAUUUGAUUUAUGUUUCAGUUAUGAAAUACCUUUGCCAGACUUGCAAGCCUUGUGACUAUUUAAAAAAGUUUGAGGAAGAGAUGGCCAAGAAGGAGCAGGUGAAUGUCACUCUGCUAAUGUAUGGUUAGUUUUUCCCUGGACACAGUUUGAAUGGUUUUGCUCUUUCCUUACUAAAAAUUUUCCAAGUUUACAGUUUGCAUGCAGGGAGGGGGGGACUAUCACCUCUCCUCAUGGGAGGGGUCCAUUGCUGGUUAUCUGGAGCAUUUUGUGACAAUUAAAAAUGUCUGGGAGAAAGUAGCCUUCAAGGGGUAGUGUCUAACCACACCCCACUCCCCCCAAAAAUCAACGAGAACAACAACAUAAUGAUCCUGGCUAUGGCUUCAUCCUUCAGUACCUCUUCAUUUGGAGUUCUACUGGGAGGUAUUUAGGCCAGGGCUCAGAAUGUAUGUUUGGGUGUUCUUGAUACAUGUUUACGGAAGAAACUUAUCAUAAAUGUGCUGAUAGUCAUUUUGUUGAUCUAUGAACAGACUUGCAGAGGGCUAAGGCUGAAAGGAAAUGAUCACUUUGCUGCAGGUGAUUACCACAUGGCUGUAGCAUGUUAUUCUCAGGCAGUUAUGUUAAGGUAAAUUUGUUUUAACUUUUGUUCACUACAAUGCUCUAGAGGUAUUUGCUUUGAGUUUUGGUGCACUGAUCACCAGUUAGUGCUUCACUCUACUAUGUCUGAGGAUUCUAACAUCUGAGUUAUCGUUGAUUGUGGAGCAGUUUGUUUUGAAACUGAACUUGUUACUAUCAUAGCAUAACUGAAUGAUGUACCUCUAGGCUAUCAAUAAGUUUAAAAGUGUGAAGGGCUUUUGUUGUUAUUGAAUUUAACUUCUCAGCACAUGAAAGAAAAUUCUCUGAAAAAGAGAAAUCAGUGCCUCUAUCUUUGGGCAGGGGAUUUAAGCACUAAUAAUGGCUUUAUUGGUAGAGCUCUAUCAAAAUUUGCUUGUGGUGCUUUUGAAACAUGUUUCAAAAUGAUGAGGAAAUGAAAGUAUAUUGAUAUCCAUAUGUGACCAAUGUUUGUGUUAUAUCUUCCCCCAAUUUUUUGAUGAAAUGAACCUUGCAUAUGGACUACAAUUUAACCCUUUAAACCCUAAGAGUGACUACCAUCUUAUUUCUAGCGACAAUAUCAUCCCUGAAUCACACAUUAAGGUCAUGAGAUUAAAGGAAAUGAUCAUCGAUGAAAGAAGCUUUUGAUCAGUAAACAAAUUCUCCUUGUCAGCACCUUAGGAAAUGUAUAAAGAACAUUAUGGAGAAUAUACAUACUGAUGUUAGGGUGUAAAGGGUUAAGCAACAGUGGAAAAGAAGCCUGAUACUAGCUCAGCACUACUACCACUACUAUGAAGCCACACGUUUGGAGUGAAGCAAAUUUGCCAUUGUGCACAUACCAUGCUUAUGCAAUUGUAAUUCAGAGCUAACUAUUGAAUAAAGCAUCACUUGAUGAAUUUUGAAUACUUGAACCUACAGCCCAUUUGAUCCUUUGCUGUAUGGCAACAGAGCACAAAGUUACCUCAAACUGAAGCAUUUACGGUAAUUUUUUUGAUCAAGUACUAUUAGCUAUGUAUUAUUAUUAGAACUUAUUAAAAUGAUUAGAGUCCUUACCUCUGGGCUACUGUUGGUAAAUGGAAUGAAAUACUCUAUUGCCAAAGAGGAGAGUACAUGUAACCUUUUUUGGUGCAGUGGUUAAAUUUUUUUAUUGCAACAUUUUUUAAUGUUGCAUGAUGUUGUGUGUGUCUGGCCAGCUCUUUCACACCAUCUCACAACAUGAUCCAACAAUAUUGCUAGGUACUUGUUGCAUUGAAAUGUUGCAUGUGUUUGACUGAGCCUUUAGACAUGUGAGGGAGAGAAAUAGUUAAUGUUAAAACUGAAUGUGAAUUUAUUAAAAGCUUUGCAAUAUUUUCAAAUCAAAUUUUGAUUGCUUUUAUGUAGAGUUGCUCUGCAUUGUUUGUAUUUAUGUCUAGGUCUUACAUCUUGCAGCAAAAUGAUAUGAAUUACAUCAGUAGUUUACCCUCCUACUGGGCUUUUCUGCUUUUGAUUAAAUCUUGUUUGUUUUAUUUUGUUUUGUUUUGUGGCUUGUUAUAAAAGUGAGGCUUUGUCUGAUGCCAAGAGAGCUGUUUGUCUUAACCCUGAAUGGGAAAAGGUAAGUAGAAAACAUGGCUGUUUGUUGACAAAUUUAUCUCUAGUUAUCAUUUAUACUUGCUCAUCACUCUCUUUUGCAUCUUGGAGGAGAAAUGCAGCUCUGGUUAUGUGAAUUUUUCUUUCUUCCUUUUUAAAGUAGAAACUGGUGUAAUUUCAUGCAAUGUAUACCAUAUUUUUUUAACAAAGGAGACCUGGAUGGAUGCUAGCUGGCUCACAUGGAUCCUCAUGAUGAUAGCUAGUUUUUAUUUUGUGCUUAUUGUAAUUAUAAUUUCAGGGUCAUUACAGAUUUGCACAGGCAUAUUUUGAACUUGGAUUUACUGAAAAGGCCAUGGCUGUAAACUCACUUGCUCAGAAGUGUUGUUCAUCCACACUUAGCUUGCUCUGCCAAUCUGUUGCAUUCAGGAAAGGUUUGUUUUUAUGAGUACUUUAAUCAAUGCUAACAAGCUUGUGAAGCGAGCAAAGAGUAUUUUCAGAUGCAGAAUGUGUCAGUUAGGUUUUAACCCUUUCACUCCCAAGAUCUUCUCAGUCAUUCUCCUUACUGUCUGCCAUAUAAUUAAUAUGAUGUUAGUUUUGAGAACUUGGUAUUCCAUCAAAUAAUAAUCCCCUAAUUGAUAUUUUCUAAUUUUUUUAUUAUUUGUCUGCUUCAUAUUGUAUUGAUAUUUCAAGGAGAAAUCAUGUCUUGGUCUAUGGGAGUCUAAAACAGGCAGCCACAUGUUACUGACAAUUUUGAAAUAUUUCCCAAGUUCAUGUUUAAUUAUGUCGUACAUUUAUGACUCAGAAAUGGAAAACUCAGCAGCAAAAAACACCAUUCAGUGUUGCAGUGUAAGCAAUGGACAAACUUCUGAUGAGGGUUGUCAUCAGCACAAAGGUAACUUUACUUAUGCUGUGAUCAAGAACUCCUCUUCAGCUCACUACAAUCAUAGUUUUAACCAUUUAACUCCCAAGAUUUGAUUUUAAAUUCUCCCCACUGGCUGCCACCAAUUUCCUUCUAAAUUAGGGACAAGAAUGUGGUGUUAGAUCAUGAUACCAACUUCUACCUGAUAGGUUUUAGUGUUCUCAUUACCUGUUUGCUGGAUAAUGUAGCAAUAUAUUGUAGGGUGAAUCACUUGUGGGAGUUUAAGGGUGUUAAAAUGUCACAUGACUUUACAUUAGAUGUGCCUGAAUUUAGAUUCAAAUCUGUGAGUGCUCUCCUGCAUAGGUUCAAGGGAUUAUUGGACAUUUCAAAUGAGAGAACACUUAAUUGAUAAAUUACUUCAUUAACAAGGUAUUAGUUAAAAAAGGUGAUUCAGGUGAAGAACAGUGUAAGUGCUGUCUACUUUCAUCUGGAGCACCAAUGAAAUCUCAUACUCUACAUAGCACAUCUGAGUGUUCAUUGACAGAGGUGAAUUUCAAUUUGUGUUUUGCAUCUGUAGCUUCAACAAUGGGUGCAAAUCCCUCCUCGGCUAAUGCUAAAGUGGGCAGUAAAAGAAACUGGAAACUCGCCAAUGAAAACAGUAAAAUGCGUCCCAAUGCUUCAUCAGUUGACAGCAACACCAGUCAAAUGUUUGAAAGCGUUAAAGAUUGUGCAUAUGUUGGUAAGCUAAUUAACAGAUGGUUUUUAUCUUAGGGAGUUAAAGAUCAUGGUUGAAACAUUUUACCUGAUGGUUGUUUGAAUAACUGAUUUGAUCACUCCAAUUUCUUUUCUAAAUGUGGAGAUGAUGUAAACAGCCAAUGAAGUAGGAGACAAAUUUCUCCUAUGUUGUUUGGGGUUUUGAAGGUCAAAUUCACUGAACCCUUAAUUUGUAAUAAGAGGAACUUAGUGAUGAAGUGGUUGUUUGGAAAUUAUCCUAUUCCAUGAAAUUUUGUUGAUGGGAGGUUGUGCAUAUUGUGACGUAUUGAAAUCUGUUAGAUGCAAAAAAAGUUGUAGUUCAGCCCAGGAUUGAUUUGUCACUAUAUCAUUGGUGUUUUUUAUUCCUGAAUAGUUACUGUAACACUGAAAUGUUUUUCUUCACUAGUAUAAACCCCUUCACGCCGUAACAUCAGUAUGUAUAUUUGUUUCCACUACAUUAGCGGGCACUUUAUUUUAGCCUUCAUAGGGCAGUAUAACCACAAAAAAGUAAACUGUGGACUGUCUUACCAGAUUUAGAUGCUUACAGUAUUGUUUGGUAAAAAUGGAAUAAACUUACCUGAGAAUGUACUUGACCAAGAAAGAAAAUGGCAGCAAAAAGUCACAAGGACAACUUUCACAUGACAGGAAAGACAACCCUGCACCAAUCACAUUGUUCAAUCGCGGAAUGAUUGCAGGCAGAUACUAUCUGUGAGAAUUCCAAAGAUCAGUGUACAUGUAUAACGUCUGAACUGGAAAUUAAAGAAGCUCCCAACAUAGUCAUGAUAAUCUUGAAAUGUUCUGACGUGACAACACAAUAUCCUCCAUUCUGAUCUCUCUACUCUACAAGGGCUUCUUCAGUUGGUGAUCGUUUUCUUUUUUCUUGUGACCACAAUGUGUGAUUUAGGGGUUAUAUUGUCACUCUCAGGAGUCAAAGGUACAAAUUAAAAUGGAUGAUUUGAGGAGGUUUUUUUUUUUUCUUGUAGAACUUUUGGAUGAGGAUGAUGAGAACUGUGAAAACCAUGGCAACAAGGAUGACCAUGCAGACUCUGAGUUAUCAGACUACAACUCUCUCCUAGGUCUUGUCUACGCCAACAGUGAUGAUAGUGACGAUGACAUGGACAUGGAUGAAAGUUGUGGUCUCUCUGACGUGGCCAGUCUUCCUUCUCUGGUGUCGUUAAGUGACUCAGACGCAGAUUCAGAAUCAGACUGGAAACCUGACCGGGAUGGUGAUAGUUUUAAUAACCCAGAUGAACGUUGCUGUUCCGGUACGACUAGUGUAAUUAUAGAGAUGAUGUUAAACCAUGUUCACGGCAAUGACAAACUGCAGAAGUUGGAUUCAAUUUGAGAGGCAAAAACAAAUGUAGGAGAAUUAAGGCGAAUAAAAGUAGCAAAUGUGGGAAAAUUAAAGAAAAUAAAAGAAGCAAUUGUAGGAAAAUUAAGGAAAAUCUGAGGUUGAAGUCUUCCUUCAUAUGUGCAGUAGACAUGGUUAACUAAAUUUAUCAAUUAGUUUGAUGUGAACUCAAGGUCGCAAUCCUUGAAUUUGGGGUUUACUUGUAUGUCACGAUCAUGAAAAGGAAAGAAAAAGGGAGACCAUCGGGCACAAUCUUCUCUAUCCCACAAGUUAGUGAUUUAUCAAUCUUAGUGCUACUUGUACAGCUUAUUGGUUCCUACAUGAAUGGGUAUUUGCGCAAAAAAAAACCUCCCGAAAACAACAAGACGAACAACAAAAACAACUUACUGUACUGCAACAUGAAGAUGCUCACGCGUUAAAUAAACUCUGUUCAUUAUUCUCAGACUAUGGUAGCGACGACCUGUACAGUGAUAGUGAGGAAGACGAGGCUAGCAAUUUUGAACCAGUAGGGUGAGGAUUUCUCUUCAAUAUGUCAUGUCAGUUGCAUGUUAGCCUUGUUUUGUGUGGGGCUCUUCACACUUUGUUGCCUAUGAGCUCGCGUGGUGUUCUCCGAGACAAGAGUUCUCGGAAUAUAGAGAUCAAGCCUCGAGAUUAGUGGCCCUUACCUCGAAAGUUCCAGUUACUGAACGGGCUUGAAGCCAUAAACGAAUUUUCAGAUUAACAUUUUUAAUUUUUUUGACUUUAAAAGGUUCGUAAUUCGGGUCUUAGCGAAGAAACUAGUCCAUUUUCUGAUGCUGCAUUGUUUGAAUUUCAAAGCGAACGAUAUCUCGAUCUUUUAUAUAACUACGGUGAGCAGAAAAGCAGCUUUUGGUGGCUUUUAAUUAAUAAGCAGCUUUUAAUUGCUGGAUUUUUCGAGAAUCGGGCAUCUGGUCUGGAUCAUUGUCCGUCACUAGUUUAUCCUCAAAGUGCCUUGCUUCACCCGGGAGCUUAUUUAUAAAUGAGCCGACUAGAAAAUGUCAGAGAAACCUGAUGAAAUACGGAAAGGUUUCUCGCCAUGUAUUAGCCAUUGAUCGCACUGAGUAGUCGCCUCGCUCUACAGAAACUUCACUUACAAAUGCGGUUCCAUUAGCUGGUUUUUUUUUCUAGUUUUCUGAAUUAACCUUAACAUAAUUUGCUCUUUGCCACAAUGCUCUGGUGCUAUUUCUAACUGUGCGAGUAAAUUAAAAUGGCGAAUUGUCAACAAAUUUUGCUCACUUAGUGCCAAAUUUCUUUGUGGGUGUAGACAUUUAAAGAGUCAGUCUUCUGAUGUGAGAUAUUUUUAUUUGUAGGGAUCAUGAUGAUGAUGUUGAUGUGCAUCACAGUUGUGAUGAUAACAGUGAUGAUAAUGCCAAUGCGGAGGAGAGUGGGGGCGAUUUCGAGGAUUUGUUGAACAUUUUAGGGCCUCCUACAAUGAUAAGUAACGUGGUAAGGCAACCGUAAUCCAAUAACUUGCGAGAAGCGUCAUGUUUCAUCAGAUUAAAAAAUGUUUAACUAAUUUUUAUCCCUUCACCUUACAUAUGAAGAGAUGUUAGGUGAUUGUAUAAUUUUAUUUCGGUAAUAAAUAGUAUGUAGAGUGGGAAAUAACACAUUAGGGAAAAGAGGAAAGGAAUAUACGUCAAAUUUUGAAUCGCUCGAUUUUUGCAUGGUACCAAAUACACUACUCCACACCAAGGUGCGUAAGAACCUGUAUACCUACACUCAUUAUGUUACUGCUCCUAUUUUCCCGUUAAAAGUUUUCUGAAACGCCUCCUGUUAAUUUUUUUUGGUAACUAUCAGGUGAAAAUGAUUGUGAUACAGACACACAUAUCAAAUUCCUUUCUAGGGCAGUAUCGUGUAUACCCAUAGGGAGGGGGAGGAUUUGCUUUGGUAACCUGUUCUUCAGACCCUCUUUUCUUGUUUGUUUGUAGGUCUCUCCUGCCACUCUACUGCUGAGUGUUCUCGUCGAGGUAAUGAAGUGAGAAAAAUGUGUAGCUCGAAAUAAAACAUGUUGGGAUUUUACUUGCUAUCUGAGCAAACCUGUGUAAAGCGUAAGACUCCAUAAUUAGUAACGUCAAACUGGGUGAAAUAAGUGUUCGAGUAAGAUCGUCCGGCAAAAGAUCGUCCUUCCCAAUCUCCCCAUGCGAGAUAACUGUCCAUGGAACAGGUCUAUGUUUGCAUGAAUCUGCGGUAGUCCGACUCAAGUGUUAUCUAAUAGAUGUAUCCACCUUGAACGGAUUUGUGUUUUUAGUUUUUCAGGGCGCAUCCAGAGAUGAGGAAUGAGGGUUCUCCUCCGGCAUUGCCAGCAGUGAUCGAGUCACUUCCCAAAGUAAAAGUAACUGAAGAUCAUGUCGGUGAGUGAAAUAUUUCUGUCGAUUUUAUGGGAAAAUUCCUUCCUAUACUCAUUCUCUUUCUUUUCCCUUCUUUUGUCUUUUUUCGAAACCCGGUAAUGGAGCUACGCUAUUGAUGGGAAUAAGGUGACGAGAAAACACGAAUAAAUUAGUUGAAUGAAACUAACUUGCACUUAUUGCAAAAAGUUAUACAUUGGUGAAACAGGAAGACGACUAGACGACCGGUUCCGAUAACACCUUCGCGACGUAGAAAGAAAUGACAAGGACGCAUCCAAACCAGUCGCUAGACUCUUUAAUCUCCUUAAUCAUUCUAAGCAACAUAUGGCAGUUUGCGGCCUUUUCCUACAUCUAGACAGUUCGGAAGGCCGCAAAACUCUAGAAUUAAAAUUUCUCUUUCGAGCGAGCGCUUUUCAUUUAGCUAAUUUAUUCUUGUUUUCUUGUCACCAUAUUCCCACCAAUAGCGUAGCUCCAUUUUCUGCAUUUGAACCCACACACAACCUACAAUUCCUCCAACCGCUCUGACGAAGGGAUACGCUCGAAACGUUAGCUUUUAAACUCUUUACGGUGGCCAAUUUCCGCUAUAAACUCAGCUGAUAAUAAUAAUAUACCUUAUCUCUUGGUGAGUUUUUGUAGCGCUUAUUUGAGGCGACCAACAUUUGCGAAGUUCCUACUGACAUUAUUCUCUGGUUGCACUUGCCCUAGCCGUGAACUUAUCCUGUACCAUUUGUCGGUCUGAUUAUCAAGAGGAUGACUCAGUUCUGGAGUUACCAUGUUCUCAUUUAUUCCAUCCUCCUUGCAUUACUACGUGGCUAAAAUUGGUAAAAUAUUUGUUCACAUUUACAGUUACUACAAAUUACUUUUUGUAUUUGUCAGAUAAUUAUAGCAAAAAAUUAACCGCUUUUUAUCGUACAGAACAGUGGCGGAUCCAGACCUUGAGCUAAUGGGGGGGGGGGGCGGUUUUUUGUCGCUUACCCUGCCGGCUUUUCUUCCUUCUGCGAUCUUUUUUUUUUUUUUACCCGAAAAAAAAGGGGGGGGGGGAGCCCGUUUCUGGAGAAUACAUUCUCUCAAACUCCUACCGUGGAGGGUGUUACAGUGAGGAAUACUGCGUUUUUUCUUUCUGGAAAUUAGACAGCUACAACCCCUAUUACGAUAAUGAUAAAAAAAAAACAACAAUAUUAAUGAAGAGAAGAAUAUAAAAUAGAUACAGUAAGAAGGGUGUCAAAUUAUAGAAAUUUGUUAAUCAGUUGAUAUGUUAGAUCGCUUAAGACAGCAGAAAGACUGUAUAUCACUAAAAAACAAAUUUACUUUUGCUUUUUUUCUGUAGCACGCCACUUGUCCAACUUGCCGCGAUAUUCUACCUCACUAAACUAAGAAAACGGAGGAAUGAGCUAGUCUUUCAACGG